AUGCGGCACAAGGCAGCGCAGUCUUGGAGUGAGUACGGGGGUGCGAGGCACACAGAGGCAAAUGGGAGCUUGAAGACUGCCCAAGUCAUGUCAACAAAGAAAACGUUCACAACAUCUUCUGUGGCAGCACCGGCUGUCGCAACGGCAGGGGCAACCAGCACGCCGCUCUCGUUAUUGGAGGACCGCGCAAAGGGGGACGACACCCCGCCUCUGCGCUACCGCACAGACUUGGAUAAGCACGUAAUUCACUUUGCCUUUCAGCGUUUCCCGCACAGUAUUGAGAUUUUGGAGGACGAAGACGUGAUGUCCGAGGACUGGCACUUUUUUUGGAUGAAUGUGGGGCGCGUGCGCAGCAUUUUCUCCACGGCGGAGUACCGCCUGACCGACACGCAGAUCAUAAAUCACUUUCCGAACCACUAUGAGCUAACCCGGAAGGACUUGAUGUACAAAAACAUCAAGAAGUACAUUCGAGACCCCAACAACGCACAGCUGAUGGUGCGGUAUACGCCGCCAUGUCGGGCACCGUACGAAUGGAGUGAGAAACCAUCCGGCUGGCUGCGUUUUGUAGAUUGCGUGCCCGUGACGUACAACAUUCCGAAUGAUUUCCAAAUGUUCACACAGGAGUUUAGACGGCAGCCGUGUAGCACGUGGAUUGUGAAGCCCACAUCUCGUUCACAGGGUCGCGGCAUCUUUCUCAUCAAUCGCAUCACACAGCUAAAGAGGUGGAUUAAAGAGAGGAAGGAGGCGGAUGAGGCGGAGGGAUUGCCAGCGAGCACGUUUGUUGUCUCCAAGUACGUUGCCAAUCCACUUUUGAUUGGUGGAAAGAAAUUUGAUCUGCGUCUCUAUGUGCUUGUAACAUCUUUUAAGCCACUGGUGGCGUACUUGCAUGAGCAGGGCUUUGCCCGCUUUUGUGCCACUCCCUAUGUCGCCAACGCCCUCAAGGAUGAUAAUCUCUGCUCACACCUUACGAACGUGGCAUUGCAGAAGGGCGAGGAUGCAUACAACGAGGUGCAUGGCGGGAAGUGGUCUUUAGCGAAUUUGUGCCUCUUUGUGCAGGGUCGAUACGGGGCGGUGUGCGCGGAUGGAUUGAUGCGGAGCAUUGAGUUUACGAUUUAUCACAGCCUUAGGGCUAUGGAGUCUGUGAUGUUCAACGACAGGCACUGUUUUGAGCUGUACGGGUAUGACAUACUCAUUGAUGACUGCCUGCGACCCCAUCUGAUUGAAGUGAACUCAUCCCCCUCACUCUCCACCACGACACUGUCGGAUCGACUGCUGAAGGAGGAAGUACUGGCGGAUGUGCUGAGCAUCAUUUUUCCGCCAUCCUUUCCAAGCCCUUGCGCGAUGUCAUACUGGGAAUAUCGGCUUCGGACGGAUUUGACAACGGCGUUACAGACUGGAUUUCACUUGUUGCAAGUGGAGGCGUAA